AUGGAGCCUGCUGGCAACCAGCCCGAGGAGGCGCAGGCCGUGAGCACGUACAUCAAGCCCCAAUAUCGCCCUCCGCACGAUGCGUCGAUCUGUUUCGAAGAGUAUCACCACUACGCGAAGAUAACUAGAGAGAAGGAGCUAUCGUAUGAGGCGCCUAAGCUCAUUUGGCGCGAAUUCUUCGCGCGGAAAAAGCACGUUGAUACCUCUGGCGCUCUGGCUGCUCCGCCGGACUCGCCUCAGAAUACCGAUCCGAGCGAGAAAGGCACCGCAGAUCUGCCCCAUGGUCUUGAAAUAACCGACGAGGAGUGGGAAAAUGCUAGUCGUCUUCUCAGAACCGCCGGCACUGGAGCAUGCUUCUAUCUCAUCACCACGGACGUUCUCGGCCCAUAUGGCUCCGCAUUCGCGAUCGGCACGUUGGGUUGGGGACCAGGUAUCGCCUUGUACACUGUCUUCGGCUUCCUGGCUGGAUACUCCGGCUAUCUAGUCUGGAACGUCUUCCUUGGAGUCGACAGCUACGAGUUUCCAGCAAGGAAUUACGGCGAUCUCGCAUUCAGAACAUGGGGCAGAACUGCCCGAUACAUUACGAACGCCUGUCAAGCUAUCGGACUGCUCUUACUACUGGGCCAAGUCACCAUUCAGUACGGUGAAAACAUUUCCCAGGUGUCCAAAUUCCGACUUUGCUAUGCCGUGUGCCCUGUUCUCUUUGUCAUCGUCGGCUUCUUCGUGACCCAAGUCCGAACUCUGCGGUCUUUUGGCUGGGUAGCCAUCCUUUCCGUGGCCCUAAAUUUGCUGGUUAUCUUCAUAACUAUGGGUGUCAUAGCACAUUCUCCUCCGAACUAUGCGAUUGCAACCCUGGGAUCGGCCGGCAGUGCAGUGAGCGCCGAUACCAUCACGCCAAAUGCCGACGGUGUUUAUCCUGCAAUUAUCCACUACAACGGUCUGCCACCCAACUCGCUGGUUGGUUCCAUCAACGGUCUUCUAUCUGCGGUGCUGGCGUAUGCAGGUGUCCAGCUGUUUGUGGAAUUUAUGGCAGAGAUGAAACGUCCACGAGACUUUAUCAAGGCCAUGUGGGGAGCGCAAUUCUUCAUCUACAGUGUUUACCUCAUCUACGGUUGCUUUGUCUACCACUACCAGGGCCAAUACAGCUUCAAUCCUAGCUACCAGGGCGUCAGUAUCUAUGGCUGGCAAACCGUAGGCAAUAUGCUAUCUCUUAUUGCCGCAUUUAUUGCCGCCGCCCUAUACGGCAACAUUGGAAUCAAGGUAUUCUAUAACAACAUCCUGCUAGACUUUUUCAAAGCUCCUCCGAUUACUUCCAAGCCUGGCAAGAUCAUCUACGCCGCAUUAGUGCCUGUCUGGUGGAUCGUCGCAUUUGUCAUUGCAGCAGCUAUUCCCGACUAUUUCGGUUUCGUCAGUGUCAUUUCCGCUUCCAUGCUGCUGAACUUGACGUACACGUUCCCUCCACUCUUUGCCCUGGGUUAUGAUAUCCAAAGGAACGCCAUUCGCACCGAAAGCGGCGAGGGUUUCAAUGCUGCCACGGGCCAGGUCGUCCGCGAAACUUCGACUGUCCGACGAUGGAUACGAGGGUUUUUCAGCGGUGGUAUCCUCCAGAUUAGCAUCAACAUCUGGCAUGUCAUUUACUUUCUCGCGUCGCUGGCCAUGUGUGGCUUAGGAAUGUAUUCGGCUAUCGAAGGCUUGAUCGAGGCGUUCGAGAAUCCCGAACUGAAUUCCUUUUCAUGCACGUCACCGUUGAAUCUGAAUGCUUAG